AAAAAAUAUUACUAUGAACAAACGAAAAUGCAGAAUUUGUGGGUUGAAUGGUCAUAAUGCGCGAACAUGUGAAAAUAUUUCAGAAUCUGCUAGUUCUGAAAUAGAAGAGACUAGUGAUGCGGAAGAGACUAGUGAUGUGGAAGAGACUAGCAAUGUGGAAGAAACCAGUACUAAUAAGUGA